UAACUGCAAGUUUUACACAAGUUGUAAAUUAUAAAAAACCUUUAUAUUUUGUAAUGUGAUCUAAAAAUUUUUUUGAUUAAUGUAGACAUUUACAUGUUCCAAAAAAUCUUUUUUAUUUUUUAAAUAUUCCUAACAUAUUAAAAAAAUAACACUUUAAUAAUAGGUUAGAUAUGUUUAUGUCCAUAGAGUUCACUGUCCGUCAGUCCGUCCACACACUGGGCUGCGUUCGAAAACACCACUCGUAUGCACACGAACGUUGUUCUAUCUUUGUCCAACUUUUAGUAAAUAACAAAGAUAGAACGACGCUCGGGUGCAUACGGAUAUGGGAUACGAGAUACGGAUGAUGUUUUCGAACGCAGCCUCUUCAGAGUUUCAGAGUCUCGGUCGUAGUUGUAGGUGCACAUUUCAAAUUAUAUUGAGUCAAGUAGUUGAAGAGUGUUUUGCUAUUCAAAAUGAUGCAAUUUGAAGAAGAAGGCGAAACGUUGAAAGACAAGUCUCGCUGUGCAAACAUUCGCGCUGAUUUAAAAAUGUGUUUGCUCCAAAGUAACUGUUGCAAAAUUUACAAGCGUACUCCUAGAGAAUGCCUUAGGACACACGAUGGCUCAGUACCCGACGAAUGCUUUGCCUUACGAAAUACAUUCUUUGAAUGUAAACAUUCUAUAAUUGAUGGCAGAAGGCGGUUUAGGGGUCCCAAAGGAUAUUAAUUAUCUAGUAAUAUGUAUAUUUAUGUAUAUAUUUAUAUAUAAUUUAUUAUAUGUAUAUAAUUACAUACAUAUAAUUUAACUAUUAAUAAAUAAUUGUUUUUCUUUGGCAUAAUUUAGGGAAAAAUAUCUAUAUAAAUAUGAACAGAUAAGAAAAUGCUGGUGUAACUUAUUAAUGAGAAAGGGGAAAUGAACCAUAAUGUUAGAAGUGAUUUAUUAUUAUCUGUUAUAUUCGUUGUGUAUACAUGAUUUAAUAAAUCUAUCGUACAGAGUA